GAAUCUAAAACUUGUCUACACACACAAUACCUUUAAUAAACAGUAAAAAACUUGGACGACGAAUUUCCAAAUUAUACUUUUAUUAAUAAACAAACAUCGUUCUUUGUAACGAAUACGCGCGUGCAUGCGUGAAACAUACGAAAGAUGCGAGUAACGAAAUGCAUUCGUGUGUAACGUUUCGUUACUCGUUACUAGAUGCCGCACCCGUUACUCAGUAACGAAUACAUACGGUUUGCUACAGCUCUAAUAGAAAUACCAACAAAGGAGUAUAGAAUUGGCAAUAGUAUAAAAUAUGGAAAAAAAUCUGAUUAGCAUGUCGAAAAUGGAACGCUUAAAAAUAAGGAAAGCGUUACGUAAAGAUUGCAAGGAAAUAAUGAGACUUGUCCAUGAAUUAGCUGAUUUUGAAAAACUGCCCGAAUAUGUCAAUAUCAGCCACAGAGAUUUGGAACGAGACGGGUUUGAAACAGACCAUCCAUUGUUUGGAUGCUAUGUUGUGGAGACGCAGGUAGACGAUAAUGAACUCGGCAAAGAUGGUGUGGAGUUAGGCAGUGUUGAAGAGAAUGCGGCCGACGGCGACGGGGAUGGACGCUCAAGGCUGGUCGGGUACGCCCUGUACUACCAGAGGUACUCGACGUGGAACGGGGUCAGCCUGCACUUGGAGGACCUCUACGUCAGCCCACGCUUCCGUCAGCAGGGGGUGGGGAGGGCGCUUUUCAAGCAAGUUGCGAAAGAGUGCGUUGCGUUGGGCUGCAGGCAGCUCGACUUCGAGGUUCUGAACUGGAACCCCGCACGCAAGUUCUACGAGAAGUUGGGCUCCGUCAACCGGACAGAGAACGGGGGCUGGCACAGCUACCGUCUCGCUGGCGAAGCACUUCAGCGCCUGGGUGACGGCGACUCUUAGCGACGCACUAUAUCGGCCUUUCAUGUUCAAAUGACAAUCAUCAUUAAAUUCAUGAUUCAGAGGCUCCCUCGAAACUAAAAGUCUUUCAAAAUACUAUUUGUAUUUUAGUUCUACUGACGUGGUUAUUUUGAGACAGGAGAGCAAGUUUGUUACAUUUCAAUUAUUUGCAAAACAUUUAUAGUUGCAAGUGGUGUUGCUGCAAUUUUUGUUCAAUAUGUAACACAUUUUUUAAUGGAUUUUAUUCCACAGUUGCAGCAAGUAUCUUCGUCACAUCACCUGAUACCUGUCGCUACGUGAUAGGUUCUGACAUUAAGGUCCCAGACAUCAUUGAGGCAUGUUUUUUUGCAAGUACAGUAAGGUCUCACGCAUGGUGUUACUGUACGGGCUACUUUAAUCAACUUGUCUUUAUAGUUGCAAUCACUAAAACACCCAUUAGUUUAUGUACGAAACUAUUUUUCACUAUUAAUAAAAUAUGCUUGGCACAAUUAUUACCAAAACAGAUACACACCAAAGCUAUAUUUACCUGCAGAAGUGUCGCCCCUGCAUAUGGGUUGCACCUUUAACUUUGGGCAAAAAAUAUACCAUUUUCACCGUAAGGAUCGCAUUUGAAUAAAGGUUGCACCAUAUAAUUGUCUUAGUGGAGUUUCAUGGAUACAAGUGGAGUCUUUGUGGUUUGCGUCUCAGCUGUAGGGUGUGACGUUGCAGUCCAGCCCAUAACUCUCCCCCUCCCCCUAUUUUUUUUUACCCCUCCAACUCUCACACUAUCUUACAAAAAGACAAAGGAGAAGAUUGCUAUUUUUAUACCCUUGUUUCCCUUGUAUCUAUUGUAUUUUAUUUUUUACCCAUCCCCUUGCCCCAGAGAGAGAAGAGAUGACAAGUUACUCUUCUUCAGUUCCUUCUUUAAGAACUAGCAAGGAUGUUACCGGCAAACUUGUGAGGGGCUGGAGAUAUAUGAAAGCCAAAUUUCAAAACACGAUGACAUCUGCAGCUAUGUCACGGAACGCUCUGUUGAAAAUGUGGGAAAUGUAAUGCAAAACAUUAAUGUUUGGGUAUAGUUGCAUCAUAAAACACCUGUCGAGUUAAGACUCGUUAAUUGUGCUGGGUGAAAGUUUGUGUUCAGGUACGAACAUUUUUAUGCCCAUGUGUGUUUGAUUUAAUUGUUGAUGUUAGUUAAAAAUUAAUUAUACUACAUAUUGUGUGUGUGCAUAUGUGUGUGUUACUACUAUAAAAAUAAGCCAAUUUUUUUGUAUUAGAUGGGCAUUUAUUUAGAUACAUACUAUCAUCAUUUUGGAGCCAGAGAGGUUUAUUGUAAAAUAAAUUGGUUAACCUGA